UACUGGUGUACCUAUAUGGGUACCGCUCUUUCCCCUUACCCGGAUGGAUUUAAGCUAAAGGCACAACCAGCCGAACGUAAUUUUUGUCGGUACGUUUCUUUUCUGAAAACGUGGGGAAGGACUGGCAAGAGCAGGGAGGGAGUACGUCAACGCACCUCACCCGCACGGUUGCACAAGGUGUUAAGGUGACGCUGCACACCAUGGCGAUUCUCAAGGACAGCUGCUUCCACUGCUGUAAUGUCCGUGACGGCUCCCUCGUCGUCGGGGUUCUUUUUUUGGCCGUACAUGUGUUGGACUUGGGGAUCAGAGUGAUCAGCUUGUUAAGUGGUGGUUAUCUUUACGCUAUCCUCGCAGAUAUUGCCAGCGCUGUCAUCGACGUCGUGGCCAUCGUCAUCGACUCCCUGAUGAUCCAAGGCGUCAUCAAGGCCAUCAGUAAGUUCCUGUAUUGGUGGGUUGUUGCUGCAGUCAUCAUUGCGGCGCUGGGAUUCUUUGUCGUCCUAUUCGUCACGUUCUUAGGGGGAGGCCCUCAGAAUCUGAUCGUGUUCUGGAUCGUCUAUCUCGUGAAGCUCGUUCUGGUGAUCUACGGCGUCUUUGUGGUGUACUCUCACUACCAGAACCUACGUGAUGGCGUCGUGGAUGAUGGCCCGCCCGGUAUUGCAGUCGGAACCGCUUCCAGCAAUGAGAUGCAGAACACAGUGACUGAUGAUGAUGAUGACGAGGACAAGAAGAAGCGGGGGAAUCCACAGAAAGGAUUUUUUUCUUUCCUUUCUCCGAAUAUGACAGGAGUUACAUCCCAUCAGUAAUUUUCUUCCUGGAAGAUACAUUUUCUGUGAGGAAGCAAAUGAAGAUAAACAAGAAAAAGCAUUUUUGACAGUGUAAGGAAACGAAUCUGAAAUCGUCUCAAAAACUUAACAAGCAAAAACAUCCAUUGGACAAGCACAUUUUUCUAAGAUUUCUUGGGGACAGAGUAAUUUUCUUCUUGGAAGAUAAAUUUUCUGU